AUGAAUGAGGAGUGUGAGGAACUACAGCUGCGUUUGCCAGAUGAAGUUAUUAAUAAAGACUCGAAAGGAAAUGUAAGGAAUCGAGGCAGACCCCAGAGAAAGAAGGACAGCCAUUUUGUUGAGAAGAGAAAUGGAAGAAGGCGUAAUGUACUUUUCCCCAAGCGCAACAGAACGGAGAUGAGUCAGUCCAUUAAGUAUGGAAAGGACAUCAGAUAUAGAUCACAGAUUCUAGUGAACCAAAGAAUAGAAAAACGAGAUAAAUCUUUUGAAAGCUCGGAGUGUGGAAAGAAAUUCAAUCAGAAUGGCAAGCUUCAGCAGCGUCAAAGAACUCACAAAGAGGAUAAACAGUUUGAAAGCUCAGCAGCGUGUGGAAAGACAUUCAGCGACAAGAGCAGUCUUAAACAGCAUCAGAGAACCCACACAGGGGAGAAACCUUUUGAAUGCACAGAGUGUGGAAAGAGAUUCACUGACAGUGGCACUCUUAAAAAGCAUCAGAGAACUCACACAGGGGAGAAACCUUUUGAAUGCACAGAGUGUGGAGAGAGAUUCAGUCAGAGUGGCACUCUUCAAAGGCAUCAAAGAACCCACACAGGAGAGAAACCUUUUGAAUGCACAGAGUGUGGAGAGAGAUUCAGUCAGAGUGGCACUCUUCAAAAGCAUCAAAGAACCCACACAGGAGAGAAACCUUUUGAAUGCUCAGAGUGUGGAAAGAGAUUCAGUCAGAGUGGCCAUCUUCAAAACCACCAAAGAACUCACACAGGGGAGAAACCUUUUGAAUGCACAGAGUGUCGAAAGAGAUUCAGUCACAGUUGCACUCUUCAAAAGCAUCAGAGAACUCACACAGGGGAGAAACCUUUUGAAUGCACAGAGUGUGGAAAGAGAUUCACUAACAGUGGCACUCUUCAAAAGCAUCAGAGAACCCACACAGGAGAGAAACCUUUUGAAUGCUCAGAGUGUGGAAAGAGAUUCAGUCAGAGUGGCCAUCUUCAAAACCACCAAAGAACUCACACAGGGGAGCCUCUGGAAGGCUAUUUUUCUGUGGCCGUUUUGCACAUGUCCCCUUGGAGAAUGGUGGGCGACGGACGCUGGGGACAGGGGACAAAGGAAGGCUUCUUGGGAGAAGCAACAUUGGAAUGGACAUUUUGGGUCAAAAUUGCAGAGAUGAGAAAUUCUCACGAGCACAUCAAGCUGCCUCAUCCCAACUCCGGCCGGUUCGCCACCCGCUUAGCAAUUGUCAUCAACUGGGACUUGCUGGAAGCUCUCUAG